AGGAGGCAUUGUUGCAGGGCCAGUAAAAAACCACAUUAUAAUUGACAUUCACACUUGAAAUCUCUUAUCUCUUGCUUCUCUUUAUCAUCAUUAUACCUUCCUGUCUACGUGAAGGAAUUAGAGUGGAAUAAACCACCAUCACUCUUUCUCACCUUUUUUUACUUUAUUCAUGUUAGAAUAUAUAUUUUUUUUUCUUUUUCCCAUUCCAAGUUCCUCUUGUCAGAUCCCGACUUCUUAGGAAAAAAAAUUCCUAUUUAUUCUAACACCUACCUCUCUGAUCUGAUCAAGUCCCCCCCAAAAUGCGAAUUCUUCAGUGGGUUUUGAAGCUCUUCUUCCUAUAUUCCAUUUUCCUUCAGUUUCCAAUGUCACUUGCUCAGACAAGCCCACUACAGACACCGAUUUGCUCAGAGGCAGAUAGGGCAGCUCUUCUUGGUUUCAAAGCCAGAAUCCUCCAGGAUACUACGCAGAUUCUCUCCACAUGGACUGGGAGAGAUUGCUGCGGUGGAGAUUGGGAGGGUGUGCAGUGCAAUCCUGCUACAGGGAGGGUAACUGUGUUGGCGUUGCAGGGGCCUGAGAGGGAUAGCGAGCAUUACAUGAGAGGCACUUUGUCAACUUCUCUGGGAAGUUUGUCUUUCUUAGAGGUAAUGGUGAUAAGUGGUAUGAAGCAUAUUGCAGGUACUAUUCCUGAAAGCUUCUCGGGUUUGGUUCACCUUUCACAAAUGAUCCUGGAAGACAACUCUCUUCAAGGGAACAUUCCUCCUGGUUUGGGCCUUUUGUCCAACCUCAACACCCUCUCGCUAAACGGGAACCGCCUGAUAGGACAGAUUCCUCCCAGUCUUGGGAAUCUGAGGAAGCUUCAAAUAUUAGGUCUGGCAAGAAAUUCCUUAACAGGUUCAAUCCCAACCACUUUCCAAAAUCUUCAUAGUUUGCAAACUCUUGAGCUUAGUUUCAAUCUGUUGUCCGGGUCAAUUCCAGAUAUUCUUGGCCAGUUUCAAAAUCUUACUCUCUUUGAUCUUUCCAAUAAUCUAUUGUCAGGACAGCUACCCACUUCUAUAUUCAACUUACCGAAACUUCAGGACUUGUCUUUGGACCAUAACCAGCUGAUAGGAAAAAUCUCAAACCAGAUUGGCAGCUUGAAAUCCCUUACCCAUCUUUCUUUGAGUUCUAACAUGCUUACAGGUCAAAUUCCAGAAUCUAUCUCACGAUUACAGAACCUCUGGUACCUUAAUUUAUCUAGCAAUGCAUUCUCAGACCCUUUGCCCCCUAUUCAAAGUAGGGGUCUUGCUUCUCUAUUGUCAGUAGACCUGUCUCACAACAAUCUCAGUUUAGGGACAGUUCCAAAUUGGAUUUUAGAAAAGGAACUUUCAGAUGUCCAUCUAGCUGGCUGCAAACUUAAAGGAAGCCUUCCAGAAUUUACUAAGCCAGGUUCUUUGAACUCCAUAGACCUGUCAGAUAACUUCUUCACAGGUGGCAUAUCUCGUUUCUUCACCAAUAUGUCCAAUUUGCAAAAACUCAAACUCUCAAAUAACCGAUUGAAGUUUGACGUUUUAGAGAUUAAACUGCCAGAUGGGAUUUCUUCUGUUCAGCUGCAAAGAAAUCAGCUUUUUGGGACCCUCUCGAGUAUUUUAAACAACAGGACAAGCAGCUUUCUGGAGACUUUAGAUGUAUCAGGUAAUCAAAUUUCUGGCACAAUUCCUGAAUUCACAGAAGGAUUAAGCUUGAAGGUCCUCAACAUAGGAAGCAAUGAGAUUGCAGGCCGAAUCCCCAAUUCAGUUUCAAACUUGGUUGAACUAGAAAAGUUAGAUAUCUCUCGGAACAAAAUAAUGGGCACCAUUCCAACAAGCCUGGGACUGGUAGCACAACUCCAAUGGCUUGACAUGUCUAUCAAUGAGCUCACAGGGUCAAUUCCCAGAAGCUUUUUGGGAAUUAAAAAUUUGAGGCAUGCUAAUUUCAGAGCCAAUAGACUUUGUGGAGAGAUCCCGCAAGGGAGACCGUAUAAUAUCUUCCCUGCAAGUGCCUAUGCUCACAAUCAAUGCCUAUGUGGCAAACCUCUGCCACCAUGUAGAGGAAAGAACUAAGGGGAAAUGGGCCAGUGAGAUGCUGACUUAAUUACCACGUGGAAGGGAGGCAACAUUUUAUGUUUUCUGCUACAGUUAAAAAUUCAAUUUUUUUUCUUUUUCGUAAUGCUUACUAUUUCUGUAGUCAAUUUCAAUAAUACAUGAUCACUGAAGGAAAACAUUUCAAUUCAAAGAGCCCAUUUUAGUCUA